AUAUUUAUUAUCAAAACUUUUUUCUAAGACAGUCAAAUAGCACUUAUUAUAAACAAUUAUAUAAGACUACUCAAUUUUUUUUUGUAGUUUAAUUACAUAGAUUCCCAUAAAUGUUGUUUUUUUUUGAAAAAAUAGAAGAUUAUAUUUCGGUAUUUUGCUUUAAAUUGAUUUAUUUAAAUAAAAAAAAUUGAAUACUGAGAUCUCUGAAUUGAAAAUAAAAAAGAGAGUGAGCGACACUGGGUUUUAAUUUAAUCCAGCGACAAUGCGAGGCAGCACUUCAGUCUCCUCUCUCUCGUGAGCGGAAGCGGCACACAGCAAUACCCUACCACCCUCUCCCUCUUCCUCACACGUAAUCAGUGUAGGUGGUUUCAUGGAGGGAGGAGAAAGCAUAUUAGAUGUUAUCUAUGAAGAGGACAACUUGGAAAAUGUUGAGGAUAUUGAGAUGAUUGAUGUUGAAGAAGGAGAAUGUGUAGAGCUGAAUUCUCAACCUGGAUUAGGACAAAACAGCUGUGGAGACAUUAAAGUGGUAAACCAAGAGCCUUGUGGCAGAAGUCGCAGGCGUAGGGAAAAUAAGAGGAGGAAUAAGAAAAAGAAGAGUGGCUCAAUGCCAAAUGUUACAGACAUAAACAGGUUUGUUAUAGAUACCUGUAAGCGUUUGAAGGAGAGGAAAUCAUACUUAAUAUGGACUGCUGUUGGCUGUCUCGGUGUAUCUGCUUUGAGCAAUCUUGUCAAAGAGGUGGAUGCAAUUCAGGUUUGUGGAGGUCAGAUGACUGCUGAUGGUAGACGCCAUCGAACUGGUGGUGGCAUAUUGUGGAGCAUCCUCAAAACACAAGAACCACAGGCCUAUCAAGAGAUAAUGAAAAGAGGGAGGGAGUUUGAGAAGCAAUUUAGACAACAAAACAUCAAGCAAGCAACAGAGAAUAGCAAAGGUGUGUCUUCUAAAGAAAUUGCCUGUGCGCCCACUGAUCAGGGUACAGCCAGUGUUUCAGAUGGUUCACAGCCAAUACCAGGAGGAGGAAAUCCUCUUGAUCAGUCCAACAGUGAAAGGGAGCGGGUAUCCGUUCAUGACAGGAUAAGAGUACCUGUUUCAUAUGACGAUGUGCUUGGUGAGGAUCAGAAUGAUGGUUAGCAUGAUCUCUGGAACAAAUGAGUGUUUAUAUAUGACUCCAUCAAUUUCAUGCAUUUUUCAAUUUUGAAUUUUGUAAUUUUUGCCCCAAAGUCAUUUUCUCCUUAUUGAUAAAUGGUUAUAUGUCAAUCACAUCAUUUUCUUUUCAUAGUGACGAAUUUUUGCUUAUUUGAUGGAUGAUAAGCAUGGAUGGUUUCAUUAACCACACAUUUGUACAUAGAACUAGAACGGAAUCAUAUCGAAUGGUAUCGAGUUUAUCA